UAUGUAUGUAUAUCUAUUCGUCACAAGAUAUAUCAGCAAAAAUAAAAAUAAUGUCGAGUAGGUGUUGUGUGCAUGUAAAAGAAGCGGUUGUGAUCGGUCCAUGUAAGCCAACGCCAAAUCACAUUCUCCAACUCUCUGCGUUAGAUUCACAGCUCUUCGUUCGUUUUACCUUUGAAUAUUUACUUGUCUACAAACCCCGCUGUGGGAGUUUUGAUAAAGCUACCGUCACAGACAAUGUCAAGUCUGCAUUGGGCCGGGCCCUUGUCCCUUACUACCCACUCGCCGGUCGGGUGAGAGCCCGGCCCGACGGUUCCGGUCUGGAGGUCGUCUGCCGAGGCCAAGGCGCCGUCUUCAUAUCCGCGGUUUCAGACUCCACCGCCGCCUCCGAUUUCGAUGGUGCGCCGUGCCGCAGGGCAAUGUGGAGGAAGUUCUUGUCCUUCCACGUGGCCGAUGUCCUCAAGGGUGGCCCACCGCUCGUGGUUCAGCUGACUUGGCUUUCCGACGGCGGCGCCACGCUGGCUGUUGGAUUCAACCACUGCUUGUGCGACGGCGUUGGUAGUGGUGAGUUCCUCAACUCGUUCGCGGAUUUGGCCAUCGGUAAGCAAGGACUCGUUGGGUUGGAUCCGAAACCAAUCUCGGGUCGUCAUCUACUUGACCCGAUUUCGUCCUUCUGUGUUAGUCGUGAUGAUAACUCACUGAGUCACCCUGAGUUCAGGAGCGUCCCCGAUGUUUCUGGAUUUGCAUCCCGUUUUGUUCGAGAACGGCUGAUGCCAACUUCUGUCAUCUUCGAACAAAAUGAGUUGGACGGGUUGAAGAAGUUGACUCGGGUGGCAACAUUUACGUCGUUCGAGAUUCUGGCGGCGCACGUUUGGAGGAGCUGGGCCAGAGGUUUGAACUUGCCGUCCGACCAAAUCGUGAAACUCGUCUUCAGCGUGAACAUACGGCAGCGAGUCAACUCGCGCCUGCCGAGCGGGUACUACGGGAACGCGUUCGUUCUGGGAUGCGCGGAGGCCCGCGCCGGGGAAUUGGCCGGAAAGGGUCUGCGGCACGCGGCGGAGCUUGUGAAGGGGGCUAAAGAAAGAGUUGGGGACGAGUACGUGAGGGAGGUGGUGGAGUUGGUGAGCUGGAACCGGGCGAGUGUGGACUCGGUGGGGGUGCUGAUCAUGACUCAGUGGUCAAGGCUGGGGCUGGAGAGCGUUGACUUUGGAAUCGGGAGGCCGGUUCAGGUGGGCCCGGUUUGCUGUGAUAAGUACUGCGUAGUGUUGCCGGUUUGCGGUGUAGCGGGUGCGUUCAAAGUCAACCUGGCGGUCCCGUCAACUGCCGUUGACCAGUACUUGCACUACUUGAGAAAUGCUGCUGCCUAGCUAGUUUUCAUUUUUGUAUUUUUUUUUCUCUCUUUUUUAGUUUGAUGAAAAGUCUCCUACUUAAGUAUUAACUAUUAAUGUAACACUACCUAAAAAUGCAAUUUUUAAGGGUAAUAUUGUAACGAUAUUCAUCUUUUUUUCUAAAUCAUUAUUUUAAGUCU